AUGAUUGGAGCAAAUUCAUCUGACAAUGACCAAUGCCAAAUGUUUGAUAUGCUUGAUAACCGAGCACAGGCUGAAUACGCUGAUUUAAAGAAAGCAAUUCAGAAACUUUUAUUUAAUUGCGGAAAAGCCAAGUUUACGAAGGUUUUUGGACAAGUUACUGAACUUAUUGAAGAGUACAUCACUGAUGAUCAUACAGGAACUCAUGUACGCUCUUUAGUUUGUGGUUAUCUUAAACUUAACGAUUUCUUAGCGAUUAAUACACGCCAGCUUAUCUCAUUGACAGGAAAAUGCAAGUCCUCGAUCAAUAGUGGAUUGCAAUCAAUUGGUUAUAAGGUUAUUCCAAUGGAUGCAGAAUCUGCUUACACUUUAAUGAAAACUUUUCCUUUUAUGAAGAAUCAAAUCAAUCUUACAAGGCAAUGGACCCUAAGAACCAAAGGUGCUUUGCCAAAUGAAGGUGAUAAUAUUGAAAAGAUUAAAUCAAAGGCAAAAAUCGAGUCAGUUUCUAUCAAGGAAGCACAAGUUGUUGAAGAAUCUCCAUAUUCUCAAGUUAUGUCAUCAGCACCUACAUCUGCAUACGAGACUCCUACCCCGGAUGAACAGUUUACUAUACCGGAUUACAAUAACUUCAUUGAAGAAAUGAUGCCAAUCCAAGAUUUCAAUAACGAGUUUGACUUUUUCUUUUGA